AUGCCAGCCGAAGAGGUUUCACACCUGGCGCCGAGGAGAGAACCAGGUGUUCCUCUAGGGCUUGGAAAUCGUUCUGCUAUCGACGGUUUUCUGUCCCUAACCUGGCAGAACAAGUUCGAAACACGUGCUUUUGAACGAGAACUUCGUGAACUUCACGAGCAGAAAGCCGUUUCCCAUAGGGAUUUCUAUAACAUCAGAAAGGAUCGAUACUCACAUUCGACGCUGCAAUCGUCGAUAGAAACCAAAGCGCAUUUUGCUACGAUUCAUCAAAAAGAAGAUCCGAACCGAAGCCGAUACUGUGGUACUGGAGAAGGUCCUGAACCCAACCUCUUCAAAUCCAGAAACGGUCGAAGAUCAUGCAACAACAAGCCGGUCACCAUGAAGGAGGUGUUCAAAAAGAUGGGAAUCGAUGCUUACGAUCUAUCUGUGGACAUGCUGGACGUGCAUGCGGACAGAAACACAUUCCAUCGCUUUGACAAAUUCAAUACGAAGUAUGGUCUUUUAAAUACAUUGUUGUGGGUCUCUCAGUAG